AUGAUUUGGCACGUUCUUCACGAUCGCCCGUUCAAGCUAGCGAACGGUCAGUUGGGACAGCCGACACUUGGGAAGUAUUCAAAUGUUGUCAACCCAGAGGAUGGCGCGUUCAUUUUCGAUUCAAACUUCAGUCCUUCUUGGGCUAAAAAGGAGAUAGGGCGUGGAGACGUUCCAGACUUGGAUACCGUGUCCGACAUUGCCUACUUUCAGUGGAAGGACGGCUGUUCAGCUAAGGGUGCUGACAUUAAGGGUCUAAAGGUCGUCUUCCGAUCACACGUUCUUAACGAUGAGACUUUCCAGAUUGUCGUGGAAGCUUUACGUAGAGGAGGGCACCCGAAGAUCCCUACCUGGAACGAACGCAUCACGUUUUCAAUGGACACUGAGGAGGGCUUUGCAAUUCUUGGGGGUGUUCAUGGGGUCUCUACGGCCUGGAUGCUCAUCCAGCACAAAGAAGAACUGGGCAUGAAGAACAUUAAGGAAGUGGUAAUAUGGGCGUCAUACGCAAGCUUAGACUUGACCGGGAACUCGACUCUGAAACCGGACCAGGCUCACCUGAACUUGAGAUUUACGAUUGAAGACGCUUAA